UUUAUCUUAAGGAAAAGGUAGAGACUUUAUUCCAUCUGAACUACCAACUUAUGGUGCUGUUCUUUGAAAAGCUAUCCUCAUUAAAGAGUUGUCAGAAAAAUAAGUAUACCCAUUAGAUGAUUUGGUUAGGGAAACAAGGUUAGAAGUUGUUAAACAAUGGAAAAAAGCAAACUCAGACUUUUCACAUCCAGUUAUAUUUACAGAUAAGUCCAUUGACAGAAAGAUCAAAAAAAUUUACAAUGAUGUUCAGGAUAUUUGCAGGAAAAGAUUAACUAAAAAAGUAGAAAUCGACAAAAUAAUAAAGUCUUUGUCACGACUCUUUGAUUUCAUAUUGAUUGUAAAUGUGAAAAGUCAGUGAGGAUUCCUAUAAUAGAAUUAGAACUUAUUCACUAACAGAGAAGUAAAGAAUGAGAGCAGUCUCAAAUUUUGAUAGGAUCAAAAGACUACAUUGAGACUAAAUAGAAGCGAAAGGCAUUUGAGCGAUGUAGAAAGAAGGAACAGAGUUUGAAAAAGUUCAAAAAAAAGGAGAUGAUAAAUAGUAGCCAUUCAAAAAGAACCCAUGCUGAGGUUUCAGAAAAAAGUAAUGAUGAAGAAGAGUGCUCUAAAAAUGAGUUCGAGUGUUCAAGUUACACUGAACAUAUUGAUUUAUUAAACAAAAGUGAUGAUUUCAAACUAAAGCGAAAUUAUAUGAAGAUUCAAAAUACUGCUAUUGCUGCAAUAAGAUAUGAAGUUUCAAACACUACUGCAGCUGCAAUAGCUUCAGGAUUUUUAAAAGAUUUGGUAGAAGCUGAAAUUGUUCCAGGAUCAGCUCUUUUUUUAUUACUGGACAAAAACAAAGUGCAUAGAGCCAAAGAUAAAGUUAUGUCAGAAUGUCAGGUUUUUGCAGAGAAUAGAUUAGAUUCUGAGAAUGUUUCUUGCAUUAUCUUUGAUGGAAGAAGUGACAAAACCAAUUUAAUGACAUUUAAUGAAGAAACCAAAAAGUUUUAUCCUUUAAAUAAAAAGGAAGAUCACUAUACUUUGACUGAUGAACAUGGUAGAUAUCUUCAUCAUUUUACGAAAGGAGAAAUGUGUGAAAAAUCAAAAAUUAAGCCUGCUGAACAUAUAGCAAAUCAAAUAUUUCAAUGGUCUAUUUUGCAUUGUGUUGAACAUAGCUUAAAGUUCAUUGGUUGUGAUAGCACAGCUACAAAUACAGGCCAUCAUGGAGGUGUUAUUCAUUGUUUAGAAAUUAAAUUAGAAAGAUAAUGGUGGCUAAUAUGCUCUCUUUACACAAACGAACUUUAUUUUCGGCAUUUAGUAGAAAAGUUUGAUGGGAAGACAACCUCAAAGACAGGGUUUUCUGGACCAAUUGGUAAGUUGCUUCUCAAGGUUACUGAAAUGGAAAGAAAUUACAGUUUCAAGCCAAUAUCUGUAGGUCCUGGUUUAAUUGAAAUAAUAAAGGAGUUGUCUUCAGAUCAGAAAUAUGCUUAUAAAAUAUGCCAGACAGUAAUUUCAAGAACUCUUACUGAAGAUUUGGCAAACCGAAAACCAGGCACUAUAGUUCAUUCAAGGUGGCUCAAUACAGGGUCUUCCUUACUUUUAUCGUGGAUAAGCAAGCAUGGGUUAGAGGGAGAUGACCUAAGAAACUUAGAAUUAAUUGUUAAGUUUCUUGUAUCAGUAUACUUCCCUAUGUGGUUCCAAAUCAAAGUGAAGCAUAGCUGGAUAGAAGGGCUACGGCACAUCUUGAACCAACUUAACCUUAUUAAACUUCAAGAUAAAAAUGUACAAAAAGUUAUUGAAAAAUAUGUGAGAUCAUCAGCAUGGAAUUCUCAUUCUGAAAUCUUAUUGCAGACAUUACUUUGCAGCCAAAAGAAAAUUGAAAGAGAAUUUGCUGUAAACAAAAUUUUAGAAAUUAGAAAAUAUGAGAAAACAGGAACUCUAGCUCCUAGAACAUAUAAGCAUCCUCAUUUAAACCUGUGUGCAACCAAAUUGAUUGAGUUAAUAACAUGGGAUGAGGCCUAUAAACUUAUCUUAACCUGUCAAAUGAACAUAAAUGAGCUAAAAAAAAUCCUGGAUUGUUCUAUGGUAGUUCCGUAUUUCCCUGUUCACACACAAGGAGUUGAAAGGGCAGUUAAAGAGGUAACUGCAGCUUCUGAAACAGUGUUUGGUUUUGAGAGACGAGAAGGAUUUAUUCGUGCAAGAGCAGAAAAUAGAUCGAUAAUACCUCGUUUUAACAGCAAGAAGGACCUCAUUAAAUUUUAGUAUUUUUUUUCAGUAACUCUAGUAGAGUUAUAAAGAUUAAAAAAUGAGUUUAAUUUUUGCUUUUCAACUAAUAUAACCCUCAUAUAUUAAGUAAGCAUUUAUAAAACCACUUACACUUACGUAAGGGGUUGGGGGGGUUGGGUAGUAAGGUUGUUGAAGGAAGGAGCGCUUGAGAACCACUCUAAAUAUUUUAAAACUGUUCUAUAUUUACUGACAUUAUUGAAAUAAGUUUUAAAAGUUUUUUUACCAUCUAUAUAAAAUAAUCUUAGACAUAAUAUAAUUUUGG